AAUCAUAGAUAAAUAUAUAUGUAGCAAGCUAGCAGCAAUUGUGAGCAAUUGAUUAUAAAAUAUCUUAAAGUUUGAUACCACUGCAUUUUUAAUUCAUAUUUGAAUCGUUGAAAUUAAUAAAUACUGGGAUCGUUAGCAAAGAAUAUAUAAAUCACUACGUUUAACAUUAGGAAAUCUGUUUUUGUUCUUCGUUUCACGUUCGAAAAUAAUGUUUUGUCUUACAUUGUUUUUAAAAUAAAAAUAAAUGUACAGCGUUUCUGAUAUAGAUAAUAAACGAGUUAUUAUACAACCAACAGCAAGAAAGAGUAUCCACAGUCAUUGUGGUAAUUGUCCGUUUUUUCGUAUAGAGGGUAUGGGGAAAUAUGGGCUGGAUAAUAAAAAAAAUCAUAGAGUUUUGGAGAGGUCUCAUCCCAAGCAUAACUUAUCAUCAAACGAAGAUCAGGGUGUAGAUGAAGUUGACAAUGUUAUGAGCAAGUUGUCCCAUCAUUCAAGCCCGAAGACAGCUACAAAAAAAACAAGAAGAAAUUCUGUAGAUGGCUUAUACCAAAAUAAGUACAGUAAUGAAUCUGAUGAUGACAAUGUCCUUUCAAAGUCAACACCUGCAGUUUUUCAGUCACAUUACCAUUGCAGAGACGAUUCCGAUGAUAUUCCUGAGCUUAAUUGUUUAGAUGAAGAGAACCUUAAUAGUUCUGAAUCUCUUAUAUAUGCCACACCACCAAGGAUCAGAAUUAAUGAAAGUGAUAACACCAAUCAAAAUAUAACACCUUAUAGUUUUCAAGAGCACACUAAUGUAAACAUCGAAAAUAAGUCCAGCUAUAAACAAAUUUUACUUGUGUCUUUCAUAAUAGCAAUUAUUGCAAUUGCUGGUUUUUAUGGUGAUAUUUUAAGUGCAAAUAAUCAAAUGAAUCUAGUUAUUUAUGAUAAAAAUAACUUUGAAAAUGAAAUCACAUAUCUGGGAGAGAAAUACAAAGUUACAGAUGACUCCAUAUUACAGAUUCAAACAGGAAUCUCUACAAUAUUCCAAAGACAAGAUGCGGGAUCUUUUAUAUUCGCAUAUAAUAGUCAAAGCAAUAAUUUCAAUCCUAACUUUCUGAAUAAUUUUCUUAAUGAUAUUGCAAUUGCUGCUGCCAAAUAUCUACGUAACGACAGUUAUGUUGAAAACUAUGUAGUCGUGGAUAGUUCUAAUCUCGACAUGAAAGUUCAUAGUGAAUUAAUCGAAAAAUACCGAGAAGAUGUAACAAAAACUGGUGUAAUGCUUGUUAAGGAUCUCGAUGAAGUCCCGGCGUCACUAGCAAUGGCCUUCCACUAUUAUUGUGACGAAUUCAAUCCACUGAUUAAGAGAAGCGCCAUCUUUUUCACGCUUAACAUGGCAAGAUGCUCAGAUCAAAAAAUAUCCCAUGCGAGUAUUGAAAAGUGUUUGGCGAAGAAAUGGACAGUUAUUCCUAAAGACAAUAUUGUCCCAUUGUUAACUAGGGUAGUAAGCAUUGUUGUGGAUGUUGCCAGUGUAUUUUAGACAAUAAUAUUCUUAACAGUAGCAUAAUUUACUAUUAUUGCCUGAAACAAUGUAAUUGUUUUAAUGCAAAAAGUACACGUACAUUUUUUAAAUAUCAAAUAAAAUGUAAGAUAAUCAGUUUUAAAUCUUAAUUUUUUAUAAUUUUGUAAUAGAGAUUAAAUGUUAUAAUUAUGUCCUACUUAUUAAAUUAUUGCUUGAUU